ACUACAAUGACUUUUCCAACUGAUAAAUAUUUGCUUUUGCAGCCAGAAAGUGGUGGAGGUCAGCACUGUCAGGAAAGUGGUGAAAGUGGCUUCUCCUCUGCUGUGGAGUAUUCAUUUGAUGACACUGAUGUGGAGAAAUGCAGCAGUGUUCGAGUGAUUCCUAAAGAGGAACUAGACAUUGAGUUCUGUGGAGUGGCGGGAAAACUCUGCUCUAAACCUGCGUCUGCUGAGGAGAGCCACCCUGAACCGUCCCCUGAACCUCAAAAAAACUCUACUCCACCAGAUGCCUCAUCGAUGAUGAUGAGAGAGACGAGCACAGAACAGGAAAUGGUCACCACUCCUUUCAUUUUUGGUGAGAAGCUUGUGCAGGGAACAAAACCCAGCCUCAGGGACAUCAAAAUGGGGGCCAAACCAAAAUGUCCACUGCCGGGUCCUCGUAGACAAAGAAACCUCAACCGACGCAAGAGAACUGCUGCUACUUCUACUGGGAAGAAUCGCAAAUGUUACCUUCUUUGGUUGAUGGCAGCUUCUAUUUUCAUCCACAGGGCUGAUGCAGUGAAGUGUUUCACCUGCAUGGACAAAGUCAACUGUCCAAACCUGUUCACCAUAUACAGCACAAAAAACAUUCCUCUGUACCAACGGGAGCUCAAUGAAAAACUCCCAGCAUGUUGUGGUGUCUCCCCACCUACUGGCAAUGAGAGCUGCACUGUUUGCAAGGACCCAUUCGACAUCCAAAUCCUCUGCACCGAUGAUGUUGACGAGGUGGAGGUGGAAACACUUGAAUAUCCCAUCAAGAACAUCACCCCUGUCUGUUCAGGCACUCAGCAGGAGACUCAUCAUGGCCGUGGACACUAUGGAUUGAUUGCAGCCUUUGCUCUCUUUGCUUUUGUUCUGGUGGUGCUGAUGGUGGUGUUGCUGAACCACUGUGGCUGAUAAUGGUGAGCAGUGGAGGGUAUGACCAAGAAGACAGUAGUUUGCAGAGACCAUUUUUAGCUGACAAAUGAUAC